CAAUGGAUUCAAACUUAAAUGUGAUACAAGAUGAGGAUGACUUUCAAAAUCUUCAUAAUAAGUACAGAGAACUUGUUACUUUUUCUCCAAAAACUAAAAGCUAAAUAAAUUAGAGCAGAAAUUUAAAGACCCUCAAAUUAGUUCCAUUUCAACUAAUUUCAGAAUCAAACACAUCUAAUGAGGGUAAUAAAUCAACAAAUCACACUUCCUCAUUAUAACCAAUUUAAGUAGUUCAAUCUCUGAAUAUCCUAUAAAAUGAACAACCCUUAAGUAGAAGAACUUGUGCUUUGAUUGAACAAUCAACCAAGAGUCUAUCGCCUACAAAAAGCUCUUGUGAAUUAGCUUCCGAAUACACUUUUAAAUUAUAUGAAGGUCAUAAAAAAGUGCGAUUUCGAAUAAAUGAAAGAAUUGAAUGACU